AUGGUGACCACAAGAAACCAAAACUAUACCUACGACAACGUCCCCCAGGAACAAGGCGGAAUGGGGACAGCAACAGAGACACUCGAUGAUCGGCGAGCAAGACAGGCGCGUCUUCUCCUUUCGAAACACUACGAGCCCGUCAUCUCUGAGGUACUCAACGAAGAGAUACCCAAGUACAAGAAUGGCACUACCAUCAGUGCAACAGACCGUGUGAAGUAUAUACGAGAAUGCGCACGAAUACUCGCUUCAGAACCGCCUAUCCUACUAGCGGCAGUCGACGGCGAUUUGGUGCGCCGCAUGCGAACUGAUCCUGAUCUGAAGCGAGAAUACGAGCUCACCUGCAAGAAUGCAGCAAAGCAGCCGUCCAUAUACAUACACCAAUUCGCAGACCUGAAUGGUAUUCCGCCUACUCCUAAUCAAAUGCUUGUCAUCUGCAAUUGGAUAGCCGACUACAUAGCCGAUGAUCUGGCAGAAGGCAAAGCUUCCGAGCACUUCUGGCAGAUAGACAACAUCUCCCCGGGAAGACCGCUGAUUAACCAGCAGAACUCUGCCAAGGGUUACCAAAAUCGUCUGAAAGAGCACCGCCAACGGAAGUCAUCCAACUAUAUAAUGAACCUAGUCGAGGACAUAUCCACCCACCUCCACAACAUCGGCUUGUUUGAACAACACUUCAAAAUGCACCAGUAUAUUGUCUAUCUCAUCGACCGGCGGGAACAAGUAGAGAUCGCGGAGAUCUUUUGCUCCGCAUUACUUCGAGUGUGGGUGAGUAGCGGCGGUGGUUUCAACUCGUACCCUGCUGGGCUUAGCGUCAACUCUUCGAAGAAGGUCAGCAAUAUUGACUGGGCUUCGUACGAGAUGAACACCACCUUGCACUCCCCCAUCACCGAAAACAUGAGGAUGCAGCAGCUCAGAGCAGAUGAGUACCGACAAGCACUGGAGUGGACGAAUGACAACACUGUAGAUUCGGAGACGAGAGAGCCAGCAAGCCAGGAAGAAGAGUGCAUAACAUUCGAACACCCCCGCUCCUACCCAGCCGCCCUGCUCAAGAAGCGCCACUCCCUUCCCUCCCAUCUCCACAUCUUCGUCGAGCGACCAAGCCGACACGCAAUACGCUCAUCACGAGACUUCAACUACGAUGCCCUCAACAAGUCCAGCAUCGAAGCCCAUUUCCAGCGCAACGUCGCAUCGAGCUUUAUCUCAUUGUACGAGAGCAAAGCCACUGCCUCGGGCAAAUAUCCUCAUACCGACAAAGUGGGACAAAAGCCGCGGUCAUUCGAUGCCGCUGAAAUGGCUAUCCACACCAGUGGGCUGACAGCGGCAUGGGUGACCGUAGACAAAGACGUCCGUCUUCCAGUAUGGUUUGACAAAGACAAGCAGGAGUCCGACAACGCAGACGACGAAGAGGUAUUGUGGUUUUGCCUCCAAGAGCUGAAAGCAGUACUACAAGUCGAUGAGAAGCUUGGGGAGAGGGACGAGUGGCUUGCCUGUGGGUUCAUUCCCGAAAGUAGGGUUGUCACUCGUCACGAUUCAUCGAAUGAGGAGCACUCAGAGGGGGUGGUCAACGACAAGGAAAUAGAAGAGGCUUAUAGACAGGCUCGCCGCGACCGCCAACGCAUCGAAGGGGAGAGGCUUCAAGUUGACGUGCCGGAAUCUGAGCACAGACUUAAGAAGACACUGUCUUCGGGCUUCUCGAAAGCUCCUCAGAUCCCCAGUCGGAAAAGCUCUCUUGCCUCGUUGGAUGGAAAAGCUGUGAGCCAGUCCAAGAGGAUAGCUACUGGGGCUUCAAAGCUUCGCGUAGAUACGCGCGACGUGUCGGUCUCGCUGACGAAUGCGGAUCCACGGCGCGCAGCGUCGCUGAUGAAAUAUGCGUUGUUGCUGGCGCAUGAAAAGAGGUAUGAAGCCGAAGAGUCGUGGCUUUCGGAGACGACUCGUUUGGCUGGGGGUGUAGAUCGGGGGGAUAGUACGAGGACAAUCGAUGAUGUGGGUCGUAGAGAGAGGCGAAGCGGGUUUGUAGAGCGUCAUAAUGAGGCCUACUUGACGCCGCCGCAAUCACCAAUUACCUCAUCUGGACGAAGGGGCAUGCAUGAGCGAAGGGGUCGUAAUAGUGCUGAUAAUCCAGUCAAACGAUACGAAAUCGCUCGACAAGAUGAUGAACAAUCAGUCCAGGAAAGGGGAAGACGUAUGCGUCGCUCUGCCGCUCCAUCGCCCUCGCAGUCUUUGCUAGGACAUCAUCUUGAAGGAGGCAACGCGUCUUCGCUUCGACCGCGUCUUUCGCGCCGUGAGCUCCUCUUGGAGCUGCAAUCAGACGAAGACUCUGUUCUACGAGAGUACGCAAGAGUCAGUCUGCAGGAUCCCUCUUCCCACCACCACACCCGGCACGACACGCCUAAUGGCGCACCCUCAACAUCGACGGCCCCGGGAACCCAGCAACCACCCAACCAUACCGCCCAGGGUGCAGGUGACGAUGAAUUUAGCCCACCAGAUGAAUCGGUCUACUCCACCAUGUCGUCUCUCUCCUCCUUGUCCGACCUCGCGCAUGCUACCAUCGAGGAGGCCACGUACGCUACCGUCCAUCCUGGCUCCCAUGUUAGGGAGAUCGAGAUACGGAGAAGGAAGUCGAGGCCGUCGUCUGCGGAGGCGAAGUUCAGCGAAGAAGAGGAGAGAGGGAGGAGUAGGAACGGACGGCGACAACGAAGAGUUUCGGGGGUAGCUGUAGAAACACCAGCGGAAGAGGAUGUGGAACCUUUUCCUACUUUUGAUCCGAUCGUACCGGGUCACGUACAGCUUUCACGGUCUGGAAGCAAUGUUUCUGCGGUUGCUGUUGUUCCUUCGGCAUCAACACCGAUACCUCCACCAGUGGUCUUGAAAUCCGAAUCUUUCUUUGCUAGAAGGAAGAAACGGUUCGAGAAGGGCAAAGACGUUUCUGAGCGUUUAGCAGAGGCACAGGAAAGUCCGGCUGCAACGAAACCAAAGGUCAUGAAGGAUCUCUUGGAGUUUGCUGGGUGGAGGUCUGGUGAUAAGAAAGAUGGGUGGAAGUGA